UCUACAUGUCACGAGUAGUGACAGUAUUGUCUAAGUAAAUACGUUUAAUGUGAUUCUCGAAUAAUUCAGCACAAAGCUUAGAACUACAGCGGACAUGGUGCAGCGUCAGGAUUCCCGCCACCUCAAGCUGUCCCAACAAGACAGACGGACGCUCGCGUGGACACAAACUCCCAGUAGGCGACAAAUCCUUCCCGCCUACCCAAACUCUGCUGUGUAUGCAGACAAGCGCAUGACAACUUGUAAAUCAUGCGGAAGAUGUUUCGCAGACGCUGACGACUUGAACAAGCACGUGGCGCUCAAUCAUACUGGUUCUAAACCCGCCAUGUGUCACAUCUGUGGACAGAGGUUCGGCAGUGAACGUCAUUUGGCCUCCCACUUCCGAUUGCAUAAGGAACCCCGGCUUCAAGAGUUCAACUAUCUCCGCCGACGGCAAAAUCGAGACCCAACGAGCGAAACACAGACGUCAUCAGAUACAACGGUCGGUAGUUUUAAUCGGAUACCCAAAGCUAUGAAGGGCUACGCGUCCGAUCCGUCCUUUGAUUUCCAGUCGUUUGGCACACAUCAGACAUUUCGUCCGAGUGAGGAGAAGAAUUCUAAAUUGAAAUUGCUUAGUGAAAUGUUCGAAGAUCCUGAAACGCCUAGAGUUAAAACAAGAGACGAAAAUGUUAAAUUUAGAGACGAUGGUGUUAAACCGAACAUUGAAAAGCUACCAAAGUUGUCUUCUAAUAUCGGUUCUUUAGUGAGCAAAACCACUCGACUGCCAUUUGGCAACGCAAGCGUGAAAACAGCGUCUAGAUUAAGCCUACCGAAGUUUGAUGCAGGGGGUAUCUCUGUGAUAGACUCCGUAAUGGGACCAUCACAAGUCAUAAAAACAAAUAAGAAAUCUCAUUUCGUUGAAGAUGCAGAAGAAGAGUUUAUUAAGCAUAGGAUGGAGGAAGUCUCACUUGCUGGUAGAACGCCAACUCCGAAGUCUUUCCGAUCUAUUUCUGGAAUCGAACAGUAUAAAAAGCCGACAUAUUUGAAUAACAAUGAAUUCUGGGACAACGAAAGUCACGUGACCGGAAAACAGACUGUUCGUUCCCCGGUUUCCGGUUAUGAUCCGUAUGUUCGUGAAGACGCGAUUACCAAAAGCUGGCAAGGAAAGUCUGUGCGGUCCUUCCCAAGAUGAUAUUGUCAUGUACAAACAUACCGAACAUGUAUGGCUAGGCCUUGCAGAAUUUCACUGCAACUUAAAGGCGCACAAGACAAGUUGAUGCAAUUAUUUAUAUUUUAUUUUAAUGCAUCAACAUGUUUAACUCAUUUAACUUUAAUGUUAAAAAAGACAAGUGAUAAAGUUACAGAUCAAAAAAUAUAAGCGGUAUAUUGGUGCUCUUUAACUGGGGAUUUUGUGGAUACGUAGCUAUUAAUUAAAACAAACGUGUAUACAGGUUUUUCUAUUUGUACCUGAAUCAUAAGCUGUUUUAUGGUUUUAGUAGUUUAAGUUAAAUGAGUUAAACAUGAAUUGCAUUAAAACUAAACAUUAUGUUAUUGCAUAAACCUAUAGUGCGCGCCUUUGAUAGACAAUAUAUCAUCAACCUGUAGUGUGCGCCUUUGAUAGACACUAUAUCAUCAACCUGUAGUGCGCGCCUUUGAUAGACACUAUAUCAUCAACCUGUAGUGUGCGCCUUUGAUAGACAAUAUAUCAUCAACCUGUAGUGCGCGCCUUUGAUAGACAAUAUAUCAUCAACCUAUAGUGUGCGCCUUUGAUAGACAAUAUAUCAUCAACCUGUAGUGUGCGCCUUUAAUAGACAAUAUAUCAUCAACCUGUAGUGUGCGCCUUUAAUAGACAAUAUAUCAUCAACCUAUAGUGUGCGCCUUUGAUAGACAAUAUAUCAUCAACCUAUAGUGUGCGCCUUUGAUAGACAAUAUAUCAUCAACCUAUAGUGUGCGCCUUUGAUAGACAAUAUAUCAUCAACCUAUAGUGUGCGCCUUUGAUAGACAAUAUAUCAUCAACCUAUAGUGUGCGCCUUUGAUAGACAAUAUAUCAUUCUUUGAUAGACAAUAUAUCAUCAACCUAUAGUGUGCGCCUUUGAUAGACAAUAUAUCAUUAACCUAUAGUGCGCGUCUUUGAUAGACAAUAUAUCAUCAUUCUUUCAUACGAAAUGUUUAAAAAUUGUCUAUCAAUCCAAUAUUUCGUAGUAUUGCCGAAAAAAUAAUUAUAUUUACAUUGAGCGGGGUUUUCAAAUCUGUUUUGAACAGUCUGUUGGACAUGCAUUUGCCUACAUCAAAGUUUAUAAGAUAUCUGUACCACUGGUCAAGAGUGGAAAAGUAGGAAAUGCAAGUUGUUUGAUUGGUAACCUAAAUAUGCUUGGAUAUAUGAACAUGUUAUAAAAGGAUAUUGUGUGUAGUGUAGGUAAGAUCAAUGUCAAUGUUAUUUGGGCUGAAAAAAGAAGAAAGAAAAUGAGUCUUUGAUUUAUAACAUCGAUGAAAUAGCAAGCCUAAAGUAAAUUCGAUAAAGUGAUACAUAUAUAUU